GGCGGGCCAAAGGGGCUCAGACUGGCUGGCCCUGAGCUCCACACUCUUCCGUUGGAUCCUUUCUUCUGGCACUAUGGGCUUCCUAGCCAGUCUCCUCGUCGUUCUGUUGGCUUUGGGCAGGUUUUCAGCAGAGGCCGUGUCGGACCACCCGAUAACCCAUGGGGACUCUGCUAAGGAUGAUCCCUGCUUCCAGGCCCUCAAAGGCGAUGAGGGGGCUCUGAAUAUAGGCCAGCACUGGGGGAAUGUCACCCCAACAGCCACCAUCCACAUCGACCUCCGCCAGGUGACCAGCACCACAUCAUCCUUCGAGUUCCGCACGCUGGACCCGGAAGGGGUGAUCUUUUUCGGCGAUAUGGGGGACCACAGUGACUGGUUCAUGCUGGGACUGCGGCGCGGCAGGGCCGAAAUCCAGAUCAGCAACGUUGUCACCAGCAUCACCGUGCGGGGCGGCUGGCGCCUGGAUGAUGGGCUCUGGCACCGGCUCCUGGUGCAGAAUGAGGGGGACGGCGUGCUGCUGGAGGUGGACGGAGAGGAGCUGCUGGCCCUGGGCCAUGUCUCAUACCCCAUCAUUGAGCGACUUGCACACCAGAUGCGCAUCGCCAUGGGGGGUCUGUUCCUGCCUGCCUCACAGCUGCUGGCCACGAUGAACACGGCCAUGGAUGGCUGCAUACGGCACUGGGCCUGGCUGAAUCAGAGCACAACGUGGCAGGAGGACGCCACCCUGGAGAGGAGCCCCAAGCGCUGCUUCAGCACCCUGCAGCCUGGCAGCUUCUUCCCCGGGGCUGAGCUAGCCAGCUUCCGCCCGGCAGAGGAGGGUGAGACCCCCAUGCCCAAGGAGUGGGGGUCCUUCCGGGGCUGCUUACGGGGCAUCCAGGUGCAAGGCCAUCUGCUGGAUCUGGAUUCGGCCCUGUUCAGAAGCGACACCAUCUGGGCCCACAGCUGCCCUGGGGACCAUGAGGUGGAGGGAGUGGGGCACAGCACCCAUUAAAGGGUCCUCCAGACAA